AUGCCUUCAUCAAAUCAUCGAUCAUCGAGUACACGUCCAUCACGAACUACAUCUAAUCGUUUACAAGUACAUGUUGUUCGAUCAGCUAGUGUACCUCAACGACAAUUUAUAUUUAUUCUUACAAAUAAUCCUGAACUAUUACGACAUACACAAGAAUUACAACCACGGCCUGCACAACCAAGACAAACAACAACAACAUCAGCUCUGCGUCAAAAUACCAACAAUAAUCAGAAUCAUCGUCCAACGACUGAUACUCGUGAAGAAGUGCUGAAUGAUCUGUUACGUAUUGAACUACGUGACGUAGCUCGUGAUUAUCUCACUCGAACACGUCGAUCCUAUCCAAUUCAUUAUGUAUUUGAUAUGACUGAUAUUGAACCACGACAGUCAUAA